AAGAGCCGAGAAGAAUAUUAUUUGUUUGGCUGCCUAAAUGUGCUUGUGUGCAGCGUGUGGGCAAGUAAAAAAGUGUAUACCGCAACAUACAAAAACAGCCGUGCAUUUUUUACGCAACGCAUGCAAAAUUUUCACAAUUACGUGACACUUUUUAAAUGAAAAUCAUUCAAAUUUCAUUUGAGGCAUCCAGUGCACCGCCAAGCUAACGGAAAUUUGCAUCUGGAAAUCGAAAGUUUAUCAGUCUGAAGUUGCCCAAAAGAUUACGCAAAGAAAAUUAAUAUUGAAACUAAAGAAGCACGCGCAACAUGGCGAAGGCCACUGAAUUGAAGCCACGCCUAAUGGCCGAACCAUUACACAUACAGCGACUGGAGGCAGCAUUAAAUAUGCGCCCCUUCAUGGAGAUGGCUCGCGAGGCCCUUAAGCAGCCAUUGAGCAGUGGAAGUGGCGAAGGCAGCGCCACUGAACCGGAGACAGGGCAGGGGCAAUGCAUUGACUCGGACGAUUCGUCGACAAGGGUGGGCAUGGUAAAAAUAAAACCCAAAAAGCGACGCCGAGAACGGCUCCUGGGCAGCAAAGAAGAGCGACAAAGCGUAAAGGCGCAGAUCUACAACUUCAACGAUCUAACUAGUGAUCGGGAAUGGCUUUACGACAUAUUGUUGAGCGACACAGACAGCGAGCCGCAGGUGAGCGAUGAGGAUGAAUAUAUUAAUCAAAUGCUUCGCGAGCAUCUACAAGAACAACGCCAGCGUAAGAACUAUUACAAAAAAGCCACAAACGCUCAAUACGCUUACUAUGGCAGUGGGCUGCUGUCAAAUCAUGAUGUUUAUGCUGAACGCCAGCAGGCAACAGUUGGCGUGCGUAAACGUCGACGCCGCACCAAACAGGAGAUACUUUUAGCCCGCUUGGCUGAAGCGCAGGCGGGUCCGAAACCGGUCAAGCAGCGUCGCCGCGGGCGUAAAAAGCGCACAACGUUAGACUCUCCGGAGUCUGGGGAAGUGCCACCGUCGGAGCUGGGCAAGUACAGUUUUGGAGACACGCUGCCUGCCAACGAUGAAGAUGAUGAUGAUAAUGGCGAGGUAGACUACAAGCGCGAACUGGCCAAUUUGGCUUUGGACUAUCCCGAGGAAGAGGAGGAAAUUGAGGAAGAAGUGGAUGUAGUAGGUGCAUCCGACGGACAAGUUACUCGUGUCCGCCGCCGUCGUAAGAACCCUGAAGUUUUGGCCGCACGACGUCGGCGCAUCUGGCAGAUUAUGUCUAAAAAGGAGUCCGGACGACUGCAGCGCAUCAAGAGCAACAAUCACAAGGAGAUGCUGGCCAAUUGCAAGCGUGUUGCUGGAAUGUGUGCAAAGGUUGUGCGCCAGCGAGCACUCAACUCGCAGCGCAUCAUGAAAGAGACUGUUUGGCGGGCAAAGCGUCUUACACGUGAAAUGCUUAACUAUUGGAAGCGCUAUGAGCGCGUUGAGCGCGACCAGCGCCGCAAACAGGAGCGUGAGGCCGAGGAGCAGCGCAAACAAGAUGUCGAACUUAUUGAAGUGAAACGUCAACAGCGCAAACUUAAUUUCUUAAUUACCCAAACGGAACUGUAUGCUCAUUUCAUGUCCAAGAAACUAGGUCAGGGCACCGAGGAGGACCAGUUGCGGAUACUAAGCCAAUUGGACGAGGAACACAAUGCGCGUCUGGCUGCCCAAGAUGAUUACGAUGCAGGCGAAAUGAAGCAGCUGGCGCAGGCGAAUGCAGAAGCUGCAAUGCAGCGUGAUUUGGACAAGACACGCGCCUUCGAUGUACCCUUCAAGAAAGAGCAAAUAUUGGAGCAGCUGCAAGAGCUAGAUCAACCGCAACCAGAGAGUGAACAAAUGAAGGAUUUGCCACAGCCUAACAUGUUUAAGGGCACACUUAAAGGCUAUCAGAUCAAGGGCAUGACAUGGCUAGCUAAUAUAUACAAUCAAGGCAUCAGUGGCAUUCUGGCCGAUGAGAUGGGCCUGGGUAAGACAGUGCAAUCGAUAGCAUUUCUUUGUCACAUUGCGGAGCAUUAUGGCGUGUGGGGUCCAUUUCUGGUCAUUUCACCUGCUUCAACGCUGCACAAUUGGCAGCAGGAGAUGGCGCGAUUUGUACCCGACUUCAAUGUGGUGCCCUACUGGGGUUCACCGAAUGAGCGUAAAAUCUUGCGGCAGUUCUGGGAGCAGAAGCACCUGCACACACGUGAGGCCAGUUUCCAUGUAGUAAUCACUUCGUACCAGCUUAUUGUUAGUGACUACAAGUAUUUCAAUCGGAUUAAGUGGCAGUACAUGGUUCUGGAUGAGGCUCAAGCCAUCAAAAGCGCCGCCUCACAGCGCUGGAAGCUCCUGUUGGGAUUCAAUUGUCGCAAUCGCUUAUUGCUGAGCGGCACGCCCAUACAAAACAGCAUGGCGGAGUUGUGGGCCUUGCUGCACUUUAUAAUGCCCACAUUGUUUGAUUCGCAUGACGAGUUUAACGAAUGGUUUUCGAAGGACAUCGAAUCGCAUGCAGAAAAUAAGACAGGCAUAGAUGCACGCCAAAUCUCGCGGCUGCAUAUGAUAUUGAAACCUUUCAUGCUGCGGCGUAUCAAGAAGGAUGUGGAGAAUGAGCUGUCCGACAAGAUUGAGAUUAUGGUCUACUGUCCGCUAACCAUACGCCAGAAGUUGCUCUAUAGGGCAUUGAAACAAAAAAUUCGCAUCGAGGACCUGCUGCAUGUUGCCAACGGUGGCUCCACAACCUCCGCUUCAGGGGAUGGCGCUAUUGUUGAUCGGAACUUUACCUCGAAUCUCAUGAAUCUGGUCAUGCAGUUCCGCAAAGUCUGCAAUCAUCCGGAACUCUUUGAACGACGAGAUGCAAAGAGUCCGUUCAGCAUGCGAUGUGCAGAGUUUGUUCUGCCUCGACUAGUAUUUGAUGAUGGACUGCUUCAUAGCGCCUUACCCAGCCGCAGGCAUCUCCUAUAUAAUCGCUUCAACAUCUUUAAGUCGGCCCACAUACAUGAAUCCCUGUUCGAUGAUGUACACGUUAAUAGCUGCUUCGGUUUCACCCGAUUGUCUGAUCUCUCCUUGUCUGACAUGGAGGAUGUCACGUGGCAUGGCCUCAUUGACUUCUUGUUGCAUUAUCGUCGCGUACUUACCAAGCAACCUCUGCUUGCCUAUCGUCGUCAGUGGUGGACAGAUCAACGAGCUCCUCGUUACCAGCUCUUAGAACCAGUUCUGGAACGCAAGCUUGUGCCGGACUAUUUGCUUACAAACAGUGUGCUAAGGAAUUUCAUCUUUACCGCAAUGACAUCUAAAGAGAGCAGCGUGUAUGCUUUUGGCGAUUACAUCACUACCAACAUGCAGGAAACGAUAGAGCAUCGUGUGACUCGUUCUAAAAUACUUAAGCAAAAGACAGCACUCAUUGAGGAACUCGUCGAUGCCGACGGCCAACCACAAGUCAAGGCUGAGCCGCAUAUAAAGCAGGAGCUAGAGGUGGAAUCUGUGGAGGUGCAGACCAAAUCGAAUACCAAGAGCGAUGUUAAGAUGACUACGUUGCAUUUGCUGCCCGAGUUCCCGCAUCGUCCACGUAAGCCGCAAUGCUAUCAAUGCGAACCACUCCAGAUGCCGCGCUUCCUCUAUGGGCUGGGUCAACGGGUGCAAGCAGUCGAUCGACAUUUAUACUGUGAAAGUCGCGCAGCAGCCUGGGCGCAGAUACGCCACCUGCAGUGCGAGAAUGUGUUGGGCAGAGAACUUGUGGGCACUGGCUUGGCGCUGUGCAAGCCGCGCAAUGGCUGGUCGUCGAUUGUGGUGCCCGAUAAGGAGACACUUAUAACAGAUGCGGGCAAACUAUUUGUGCUAGACAGCCUACUUACACGCCUCAAGGCCGAAGGUCAUCGUGUUCUUAUUUACUCGCAAAUGACCAAAAUGAUUGACCUGCUCGAGGAGUAUAUGUGGCACCGCAAGCAUCGCUACAUGCGUCUCGACGGCUCUAGCAAAAUCUCAGCUCGUCGCGACAUGGUCGCUGACUUUCAAACCCGCGCCGAUAUUUUUGUGUUCCUGCUCUCUACACGGGCAGGUGGAUUGGGUAUUAAUUUGACUGCAGCUGAUACGGUUAUCUUCUACGAUUCAGAUUGGAACCCCACCGUUGACCAACAGGCCAUGGAUCGAGCGCAUCGCCUGGGCCAGACCAAACAGGUGACCGUCUAUCGGCUCAUCUGCAAAGGCACCAUCGAGGAGCGAAUUCUGCAACGGGCACGCGAGAAGAGCGAGAUACAACGCAUGGUUAUAAGUGGCGGCAAUUUCAAACCCGACACUCUCAAGCCCAAAGAAGUCGUCUCAUUGCUCUUGGAUGACGAGGAAAUCGAAAUGAAAUAUCGCCAAGAAGCCAAGCUGCAGGUUAAAGAAGAGAUACCGUCCUCCUCCUCGCCUAUCACAACACCAAAAUCUACAGCCACAACAGCAGCGGCAGCUGCUGCUGCAACUGCAAAUGAACGUAAGCGACGCCGGCCAAAUAAGGAGACUAAUUUGGGAGGUAUUACGAUUCCGGCAACUGAAGUCGAUGGAGCGCAAUGCAGCACAGCUGCCAAGCGCAUUAAACAGGAGUUAGACGAUAGCAUUGAUGUGGGCAUGGCUUCUUCCACAUCCAGUGGCGGCACAGAUAACAACAACCAAAUACUCAGCCAAGAGACUUAUGUUCCAGGUGCGACGCGAGUGCGACAUCAGCAGCAACAACAACAAAAACAUCAGCAGUCCCAACCUGCCAACGAUUCCGAUACUGAGGCUUUGGUUGUGGAUGGCGAUUGUCCAUCGGCGAUGUCUCAAACUGAUUCCAUGAACUUCCUGGGCGACUUUGACAGCGUGUCGUCGAUGCGGCGGCGGCACCACCCGCGUGGCACGAAGCGCGGACGACCACGUGGCAGCACGAGACGCGGCGGUGGCCAUGGAUCGCUGCAGCGCGUGCCAACGCCGACCUCGCCAGCGGUUGGAGCGCUGAUGGCAACUGGAACGACCAGCUCGCCGCUGCCACAGCAGGAAGCAGGCAGCGUCGGCGGCGAGCCUGCAAGUGGCUCAACCGUGUCAACUCACGAGGAAGAUAUAAAUCCCACUUUAAGUGGUCUUCCCGGCACAAUGGGUACGCCAACUGCCUCGUUGAUCAAGCGAGGACCGGGACGUCCGCGCUCCAAGACCGCAACGCCUGUUAGCCGUGGAUCACGGGGCGCACCGCGAGCCCGCCGGCCCAUGGGACCGCUGCUUGUGCCACUGGGGCGCAGCCCAGAUGCCACGCCUCCUGGCAGCAGUCCGGCUACCAGUCGUGCGCCCAGUCCAACGACGCACGCCACAACACUCGAUUAACUUUAACAAUUCCAGUGCGAGAACAUAACCAAGGAGCAAAGCCCUUACAUGUGACGUUGUCGUAGCUAAUGGCAUUUACAGUCCUCAAAAUAGUUUGAAAAUUGUUAAAAAUGCAUGACAAUUCUAAUUA